AGGAGUAAUUCUUCAUAGAGGAAGAAGACGAUAGAGCUGCAUGCCUGUUAUUACUUAACAGUUUUGUUUUACUUUUUUCUUUUGGCCUCUUGUGAUAUUCGGUGUGAAUGAGUUAAAAGUCUGGUUGUGCUUUGCUUUAAGCGGGCGUCACGUGUUGCGCGCGUAAGUGUUGUCAGACAUUACUUUUUAAUAUUAAGUGCUGUUAGAAAUGGAUUGUAGAGUUCUCUGCAUUCAAAGUCAUGUUGUUAGGGGAUACGUUGGAAACAAAUCGGCGUCGUUUCCACUGCAGGUGCUCGGCUUUGAGAUUGACUCUAUAAACUCGGUUCAGUUCUCUAAUCACACAGGAUAUGAACACUGGAAAGGUCAAGUGUUGACUGCAGAAGAAUUGCAAGUGCUGUACGAUGGACUCAGGCUCAACAAUGUGAACCAUUAUGACUAUGUGUUAACAGGGUACACUAGAGAUGAUUCCUUUCUGCAUAUGGUGGUGGACAUUGUACAGGAGCUGAAAGAGGCAAAUCCCAGUCUAGUGUAUGUGUGUGAUCCAGUAUUGGGAGAUAAUGGGGCUAUGUAUGUUCCUGAGAACUUGCUGCCAAUCUACAGGGAUAAAGUGGUGCCAGCUGCUGACAUAAUUACACCCAAUCAGUUUGAAGCAGAGCUACUUACUGGCAGAACCAUCAGUACAGAAAAAGAUGCGGUUGAAGUCAUGAACUUGCUGCAUUCAAAGGGUCCACAUACAGUGGUCAUCACUAGCUCUGACCUGCCCUCUCCUCUGGGUGAUCAGUACUUGGUUGCCAUGGGGAGUCAGAUAACAGUAAGACCAGACGGCACCAGGGCGACUCUGCAAAUUCGUAUGGACAUACCUAAGGUAGAUGCUGUGUUUGUGGGAACAGGUGACCUGUUUGCUGCAAUGCUCCUGGCAUGGACUCACCACCACCCAAAUGAUCUAAAGAUGGCAUGUGAAAAGACCGUUUCAGUCAUGCAGCAUGUCAUUAAGAGGACUAUUACUUAUGCUAAAGAGGUGGCAUGUCCAAAUCAAAAGCCCAGCCCUGCUCAGCUUGAGUUGCGGAUGGUACAGAGUAAAGCAGACAUUGAAGAUCCUGCCAUAAUUGUGAAAGCUAUUGUAUUGUAGUGCUCUGAACUGUACUAGACAAAAUGAAUGUCAUAGAUUAACAUUGAUGACUCAGUGGUAACAAUCGCACUGUAGAUGCUGAAUGGUACCACUUUAAUUGUAUAGUGCACUAAAACAACAAUGAUGUGCUAUGAAAAGAAACCGUGAAUAAUAUAGUAUUCUGGUAAUCAGUGCAGGUGUAGUAUCAAAACUAACAUUAUUCACUUUCCAGUUAUACUGUAGUUGACUGUUUGCAUUUUUCUUAUGUUACUAUGAUUUGAUGAUGCAUGCAUUCAUAAUCAAGUAUUUUUUUAAAACAAACAUUAAUUCUAUGCAUUGUAACAUAUUAGUAUUACAUUUUAUUUUGAUCAAUGUAUAGCCCUAUUAUUACAGGGUUAGUUUUGUAUCCAACACUAAAGCUUUACUGUAACUGUAAUCCUCCUUUAUUUGACCAUCGCAGUCAUUUUUUGCACUUUUUUGAUGUGGGAUCGAAAUCUCACUCCCUUGUCUUGUGGCUAGGAUUAGGUGUAGGGUGGUUUACAGAUAUAUAGGGACCAAUUAGGUUGCAACGUCCUCAGUGUAUAAACCAAUCAGAAGCAAUAUAGUCAAAAUCUCCUAAACCAGUAAAUACAAACCUUUGUCAUAGUAGCCUGUGAAUGAACAUGUAAGAAUUUUAUCUGUCAAUUGCCCUGUUUCACAGACAAGUCUUAAAACUAGUCCCAGACCAAAAUUAAUUUUUGAGCUGUCUUAACUGAAAAUAAAUUGCCCUGUCAUAUCUUUAAAUAUGUCAAUGCCAUUGUUUUGUCUCAAGAUGCACACCAGUAAUGUUUUUAUCUAAGGCAUUUUAUUAAAAGCCAUUUAAAUAUCCUAAUUUAACUAAGGUAUAGUCCUGGCUUAAGCUAAACCUUGUCUGUGAAACCGGGCCAUAGUUUCUUAAGUGCCUGAAGCAGAUGUAUGUUGAUAAGACCAUAGAUGUACUGAUUUUUUUUUUUUUAAGAUGCCACUAACUCUUAAAAUUGUAAAGUGGUGUUCUGCAGUAACAAUUCCAUAUGUUUGUUGUUGUUGAUAACUAAUCCAUCCAUAUAAGGUUUAUGUCUGAAGCAACUAUCCAUUGCUUAAUGCAUUUUAGUCCUAUGAUUUCACAAGAAAGGUGUUGCUCAGUCAGGCCAAGUGUGAGAAAGUCUAUGAAACAAAACAAAUGUCUCACUAGGAAAAGGCCAACGUUGAACAGCUGCUUUAAUGUGACAAACAUUUGUAAUGAUUGGCAAUCAUUUUCAUAACAUAUUUUAAUAGGAUUAAUGAUAAUAAACUUAUCCUUUUCAUUUUGAUG